CGAAAUGUUUAUCCUGUUAAAGAAGAAUAAUAAUAUGACAGUCGUGAGUGCGGAGAGACUUCGGUUAGCGUCUCUUCAUCUGGACUAGUUUUUAAAAGAUCUUAAUGUCCGGAUGUCUUGGAUGUCUAAACGGGCACAAACUCUUCUCCACGUCAUUUCCAUGCUCGACAUUUAAUAACCAACUCGAUUAUCUUUCCUGUCAUGCACUACAAGUAUGAUGAUGGAAAAAGCGAAAAGUAUAGUAUUGGGAAUCGGACGGAAAAAUGGAACCGAUCACUGAUCGAUUAUUAAUCGAUUAAAUCAUUAUUUAAUUAUCUUUGGUCAUCAUAUUAAGGCAUACAGAUACAGAACUUGCACCCGUUUUAAGCACCAAUGUUCACUUACAAUAUGACAGGUAAUACAAUGGUAUUUUGGAUCGUUGCUUUUCUGAGCUUUGCAGGAUCAUGUCUGGCAGUGACGAUCACUAUAAACGGUCAGGAAAUUGACUGCAUGCCAAACUGUGCUUGCUGUAAAGGUGGGGAUUCAGGAUGUGGAACUCAUUCUUUAAAUGGAGCAAAUUACUGUUUGGCUGGAUGCGUUGAACGAAUAUUUGGUCAUCGAUGCAAACAGUUUUGUCAUGGUAACUGCUUGUUGUGCGAACAGGAGUUUGGUAAUGAAUGUAACACUUGCAAGGAUACUUUUUAUGAACUCAACAGUAACUGCAACAAGAGCUGUUCUGUUGGUUGUGAUGGGGGCGUUUGUAAUGACGAUGGAUCAUGUAGCCCGUGUAGACAAAAUUUUGAAGGAUACACUUGUCGGAAAUGCAUUCAAGGAAAAUAUGGUACAGCUUGUUCUAUGGACUGUGUUCAUAAGAAUUGCCAUUGUACAACUAGUAAUGGAUGUGAUUCGUGUAUAACUGGAUUUUAUGGCAACAACACUUUCUGUCAAACACCUUGUUCUCCUAGAUGUCGAAAUGAAGUUUGUAAUGUCGAUGGAACUUGUGACUGUAUCCCACCAUUUCAUGGCAGCAAUUGCAGUGAAUGUGUAGCGGGACAUUAUGGAACAUAUUGCGAUGAAAUAUGUUCUGUAGGAUGUGCUGAUAGACAGUGUUCAAAAGAUGGAACAUGUUUAUGCAGCGCUCAUUUUAAAGGAACAAAAUGUGAUUUAUGUGAGGACAAACGAUAUGGUGAAAACUGUGAAAAAGUAUGCAGUGCCGGUUGUGCAAGAUCGUCAUGUGGCAGAAGUAACGGGUUCUGUGAGUGUCUUCCUAAUUUCACUGGCGAUAAAUGCGAACAAUGCCAAUCCAGCUUUUACGGAAAAUCGUGUAACAUACAGUGCUCAAAUAAUUGCGUCGGAAGAAAUUGUUCAAAAGAUGUGGGUAAAUGCAUGUUUGGUUGUGUUGAUCGAUACGCUGGUGACAAUUGUACAACUCUCUGCGAGUCGACAUGCAAAACAUGUCUCCAAAAUAAUACACUUUACUGCCUGUCAUGCAACAAAGGAUACACUGGAUCAACCUGCCAAUGUCCUCCUAACUGUAAUUGUGCAAUUGGAUCUGACAUAUGUGCAUCAUGUACGGAGGGGUACGCAAAUCCUGACCAACAUUGUAAGUGUCAGACAAAAUAUUGUCGUGGGGACAGUUGUAAUGAAUGCAUUGACAAAACGUACUAUGCUAACAACGCAGCGUGUUGUAAAUGUCCAGAGAAUUGCAAAGGUGGUGUAUGCAAGAGUGGACCUGAGUGUAUAUCCGGUUGCCUUGAUGGCUUUUACGGUCUCGAUUGUUCUAUACGUUGUUCGUCCUUAAAUGCCAACUGUUCAAUAUGUAACAGGAGCGACGGUGUGUGUCUUGAAUGUAGAAACGGACUUUAUCCACAUGUAAAUGGAAGUUGUAUCAGUUGCAACAGUAAUUGUAAAAACAAGCAGUGCAAUUCUAAAACAGGCGAUUGCACAAAUGGCUGUGAAGAAAUGUUUUGGGGAAACAAAUGUGAUAUGGAUUGCAGUUUAAAUUGUGAAACAUGUAAGCAGCCAUUCGGUAUGUGUGAUGCAUGCAGAUAUCAAACAGUCCAUGGUGUUUAUUGCAAUGAAUCAUGCAGCCCCUCUUGCAAAGAAAGGAAAUGUGAUCCCAGUACUGGCCAUUGUUCAAAAGGUUGCAUUGGAGAUUAUUACGGCAAUCUGUGCCAGACCAACUGCCCUGCAAAUUGUCAAAAAAGUAGUUCAGACACGAGUUGUACUGCAAUUGGAUACUGCACAUUUGGCUGCGUUGAUGGCUAUAAAGGCAAUGAUUGCUCAAACGCAGAAAGCGCCGGAUCACCAGUAGCAGCUAUUGCUGGAGGAAUAAGUGGUAGCGCAGUAGUCAUUAUUGGCAGCGUUGUUGCAUUAUUCGUCUUUCGACGAAGAUCCGCUCGCCAGUCCGCGUCCAGCAAAAACAAACAAAACAGCAACACAACAUUUCUGGGUAACAUUACUGAGGACGAAAACAAAGAUACAAACGAACGGACAUACUAUAACGAAAGCCAAAUCAAGAGGAAAUCAACACAACAAAGUUCAGCUUGGUCCCUGCCAUCAGCAAACAAACUCAUACCAAUACAGAAACAACCAUCGACUCAUGUUGUGACUGCAUCAGAAAUCGAAACUGACCUUGAGAUUGAUGCCGAGAGCACUGGCGCUGCUCUUGACAAUACUUCUUCAGACGGCCAGACGUAUUAUAAUGCACUUGGGUCAUCCGCUUAUAAGUCAAAAAUACCCAUUAGUCAACUCGUCAUGUAUGUGGACGGAAAAACUCAUGAGGUCUUCAGUACAGAAUUUGAGAAAUUUCCCAGCGGUCUAUCAAAGCCAUAUGUUGAAUCACAGAAGAAUGAAAAUAUAAGUAGGAAUCGAUAUAAAGGAAUUUAUCCAUACGAUGACUCAAGGGUAAAGGUUAGAAGUAAUGGCGGAUCAGACUACAUAAACGCAAGCUUUAUUGACGGGUACAACAAGCCGAAGCAAUAUAUCGCCACAUUAGGUCCAAUGUCACAACAAUUAGGAGAUUUUAGCUUAUUUUGGAAAAUGAUUUGGCAACAGAGGGUUGAGAAGAUUGUCAUGGUUACCAACCUCAUUGAACAGGGAUCUCCUAAAUGCGAGCAAUACUGGCCAAAGCCUGGAACAACUAGGAAGUAUGGUGAUAUAAAGGUGGAGAGCUGCUCGGAGGAUGAGUAUGCUGAGUUCACAAGGAGGGUUUUCACAGUGACUAUGGGAUCGGAGGAAAGGACGUUGUAUCAUCUUCAUUUCACGUGUUGGCCAGACAAGGCAAUACCAGACGAUGUAACUGCGAUGAUAGAGUUCAGACAGCGUGUUCAGAGUACGCCGAGUACACUGAAUGGACCAACUGUUGUGCAUUGCAGCGCAGGUGUCGGGAGAACAGGCACCUACAUUGCUUUGGAUAUUCUGACGAAAGAAGGUGAAGCUGAGAAAGCCAUAGACAUUUCUGGGUGUGUCCACAAAAUGCGUCAGAAUAGGCCGAAUAUGGUUCAAACAAUUGGGCAGUAUCAGUUUCUGCACACCGCCGUGGUUUACUCACUUACGUUCGACUGCAAACAAAUCAAGGGAGAAAACUUCAACGAGUACAUGAACAGACACUCAACACAAGUACUUAAUACUCAGUUUAAGCAUCUGCAGCAGACGCUCGAAACACGAUCUAAAGAUGAAACAGAAGCAGUGGAACGAAACAAACAGCACCUGAGCAAAAACAGAGCAAACGCCGAUAUCCCGGGAAAUGAAAACCGGCCAAGACUUUAUCUUCAUCUAAAACCAGGAGCGCCAGAUUACAUCAAUGCUGUGUACAUUCACAGCUUCAGAAUGAAGAAACGCUACCUGGUAGCACAAACUCCACUUCCAGAGACAGUUAUUGACUUUUUGACACUAGCUGUCCAAGAGAGGUGUUCGUGUAUCGUCAGCUUCGAAGCUGAUAUGGAAAAACAAAAGAAUAUUGGAAUAUACUACCCUGCGGCCAACCAGGAAGUUUUAAAAAAGGGAACAUUACAAGUCAGCUGCUCAAGAGAGGAAAAUAAAACAUUCUACGCCGAACGAACAUUGACAAUACAGCACAAAGGGACGAGCACUUAUCGAACCAUUCCACAUCUUCAAUUUACUGACUGGGAUGAAAUGGAGAACAAACCACGGUCAACCACAAACUUCCUGUCAUUUCUGAACGUGAUAGAUGAUGUCAUGAAGCAGCAAGACGACGGACCGAUAUUGGUCCAUUGCUUUGACGGUGCGGGCAAGAGCGGUCUGUUCUGUGUGGUAUCGUUGCUUCUCCACAAAAUGGCGGUGGAACAUGAAGUUAGUGUACUUAACGCAGUAAGGAAGGUCAAAACCACGCGGAGACUAGCGAUCCCAAAUCAGGAACAAUUUGUGUUCUGUCAUGGCUGCGUUUCGGAAUAUCUUCGUUCGUUCGACGUAUACGCCAACUUUAACGAUGAAACGGGGCAACCUUAAAGUGCUGUCCAGUCGGCUGCCGAGUGUAAAACUGGAGAUAUUUAAGGAUAUAGACAAUCUAAACAGUAGUAUGAAUGUUUGGCGCAGUCCAUUGUACACACAUUUAUACAAAAUUAUGCAAUAAUUGAAAGAUGACAGAUGUAAGUUAAACUGUUAAAUUCAAUUUAUUAUUGAAUAUGUCUUAUUAUAUUUGAGCUAUAAACAAAACAUGUCCCGUAAAUGUAUUGCUAAAAAAGGUAAACAAGCUCUAACUUCCACUUAAGCGUUCUUUAUUAUAAACAUCAAAUAUAUUUAUUUUCGUGAAAUGUUUACUCAUUUACAGUACAUGUAGCAAAACUGUAACUAGUUUCUAUUGAACAUAAAAAUGCUAGUAUGUAUGGUUGUACUUUAUUAAAUGUUAAAACAUCAUUCGUCCUUAAUUAUCGUACAUGUUGCACAAGAUUCAAUUAAAGAACAUUUAAUGCGUUAGUCAUUUGGAUUUUAUUGAUAACACGCGCACCCUAAAGUUCUAUACAUCAUAAUACCGACGGGAGUUCAUCAUACAAGGAAGUCUUCAUGAACUACAAUAGCCAAAUAGAAGCAAACGUUACCAUGUCUUCUGUUCAAUAUAAAGUACUAGUAUUCAAGUUCAAUAUAAUAUGUCAUUAUAAUAUAUUUUUGUUGAGAUACAUCAUGACAAAUCUAAAAACUUAUUUUUGACCAAUUCUAUCGGCAUAACUCAUGUUGUCAUUUUAAUAGCUAUUGAUUUAUGUUAUUGUCUUCUUUGCGUAACAUCUUUAUACAAUAUUUUGCAUGAUAUUUCAUGGACAGCCAUAUGUUCAGCUUAAUUUUUACAUUUCACAAUAUUUUGAUACGUGAAUAUUGCUACUAAUAACAAUGAUUUAAACGAUAAUCAAGAUUGGUAUGAAAUGGGUAUAUUUUAUACUUAUUUUAAUGUCUUAUACCCAUUUCUCUUGCACAAACAAAUAUCAUUAUUCAUUGUAUAACAUUUGUAUAACGACUAUCACACCGAUCUGCAAUUCCAAACGAUUCAGUGAAUUUGAGAUUUCUUUUCUCCCUGCUCAUUGAUAUUUUUCUUUGGACAUAAUAGGGCGUUAACAGUAACUGGAAGAGACAUUUUUGACAUUUGAAACAUACUAUAUUAUGAUGUGGAUCAGUAGGUCAGAUCAGCCAAGGCAAUCACAAACACUGCCAAGUUUAUUCAAAAACAACCAUAAAACCUAACGAUGUAAUCCAAUUAUAAUUUGAUAUCAUAAGUGUAAUCACUUUGUUAUUUUUUCUUGGAGAAAUUUCAACAUUAAUAUUAUUAUUAUUAGGCUGGUUAGCAUUACUUUACAUUUGAAAGCAAAAUGUGACUUCAGACAUCAAUUUUGAACAUUAUUAGGACGAUCCAAAUUAUACCUGGCUUUCACGUUUAUGUUUUUUUCAUUGCACAGAAAGAGUUAUUCUGUUGGUAUAAAUUGUAUUGCCUUUUAAGUCUUGAUAAACAUAUAUAGGAGACAAUGUUGACAAUACUCAUGUUUUGAAUAUAGUGUGAAGAUCGGCUUUAUGAUUAAAUGUCCUUCAUUCCUUAUCUCUAGCUAUAACAGUGUAGUACAACUUCUCCUUAAAUGUUCUGUUUUUUUUUUUUUGUUUUUUUUUACUGUUAGUUAUCGUUAUAUAGUGUCAGACAAUGUAUGAAUAUGAUAAUUAUAAUUUAUCAGAGAAGUUUAUAUUUGCGUAUUUUAUCAAUAAUAUGAGUUUUUGUUCGUGUGUGUGUAAUGUUUGGUCAACAUACUAAGAAAUUGACAGCUUAGUUUGUAAUUUCCCCUAAUACAAAAAAAAACUUUUAAAUUAUUUUCCGUUUCCUAAUAAUACAAUGGAAACUCCAGGAACUUUGCUGCAUAUAACGCGUGAAUAUUUCCGUGUCAGCCCUUAAUGACCGUUCCAUAAUUGUUAUUAUUAAUUUAAGUGCUUAUUAAUAUGUUUGGAUGUUAGUCAUUUGGAUUUUAAUUGAUAACACAGGCACCCGUAAGUGCUAUAAUUCACAUCACUGACACAAUCUCUGUAAGUAGGCUCGAUCAUUUAUUAAGUGAUAAGUUGUUGCUUAUAUAAGUCCUAUUUUACUGUUUUUUACUGUUAAGAUUUUUACCAAUUGCUCCUAAUAACGAUGAUCUUUAGAUAAGUGAUGUGUGCACAGUAAGUGAGGUUUUCUUUGUGCAAUUUCAACAUUGAUAUCUGAUUUAUUAUUCAGUAUUAGGUUGGUUAGCAUUAAAUAAACUUGGAAGCAAAAUGUGACAUCAAACAUAUAUUUCUAUCAUAAUUAUGACGUUACAAAUUAUAUCUGCCAAUCACAUUUUCGUUGUUUGUCAUGGUAUUAUUUGUAGUGCCUGUCAAGUCUGGAUAUAUCUAUAAGUAACUAUAUUUACAUACUCGUUUAUCGAAUACAGUGUGAGCAUAUGUUUUGUGAGUUUCGUUUACCAUGCUGUUUUAAGAUACUAAUUUACCAAUUGAUUGUAUAUAAUUGUCUUUUUUCUUUAUCAUUUGCCAUUACAGUGCAGUACAACUUCUCCUAAACUGUUCUUCUCUUUGUUUUGUUUAAAUGUUUGUCGAUGUUUUAAAGUUUCAGACAAUUUAUGAAUAUGUUAAUCAUUAGUAAUCAGAGAAGUUAUAUUUGUGUAUAAUAACUAUACUAAGCCUUGUUCCUGUGUGUUUAAUGCUUGAUCUACAUAUGCAAUUGGUAGCGUAUUUUUUUUUCCUUUAUACUAAUAAAACUUUUAAACUAAAUGUU